UUCAUUGAAAAACUAAAAAUUCUGCAUAUAAAUAUAUAUGCGAUUUUAGGUAUUUAGUGUAAGAAUCACUUUAACUUAAAUGAAAAUGGUAACAGGUAAUGAUGGGCUGUUUAAGUCCAUAUGACAGCCCUGAACUUAAAAGUUGAUCGCUUGGUCGUACAGAUCCUCUGCUCAAUGUCUAUGAAAGCCAGAUGGUGCAGAAUAUGUAGGAAAAUGGCUAAAGCUACUCUUAAUUGUUGGCUUUAAGGGAUAAUUGUCCAAGCUAGACCGUCUACUGUAUUAAGACAGAGCUGCUCAGGUAUUAGGAUCACUACACUAUCACCUUUUCACUGAGGUAGGGGCAGGCAACACAUUACCAAGACAGACACUGUGUCUACAAGGCAGCCAUUAGGCUCAACAAUAGAUCCCUGCUGGGCACUCAGCAGGGGGAGCUUGUUAAAUGUGUUGACCUAUUCUCCCAAAUUAGUCUUGAACUAUUAUUGCUCAGUUAGUCCCCAUCUUACUGACUGUACUCGUCUACCCAAGCUCUGGAACCAGUCUCUGCUCAUCAGAUUGUAAAAGUUGACUAAGCUGUUGCUCAGUGGAGGGCUUGCAACCAUGGAGGGCUCAAUGGUGCAUUGUCCUCACAGCAGACAGCGUUGACACGCACAAAUGUGGUCAGUCAGAAAGCACUUUACUUUGUCAUCUCUGAUCACCAGCCACAGGAGGCUGGUUAGGAUAGAGACUUCUUGUUUGUAAGAGAAAGUCUUAGUGGCAUCAGCCUCAGAUACAGAUCUAAACCUAGAGACAGACGACAUCAAAACAAACAUGACGAUGCUGUAAUGGAGUUCUGUUGUAUUGACAAAUGAGUGUCUUUAUCUAUGGUUGACAAAUAAAGAUGAGACCUUUGGUCUGUUGAAUGGGUUUUUGGGAUGCACUUUAGGCAUAAUUCUCACUGACGGUGAAUGCUAUACAUUGCUGUGUUAUUAAAUUAUUUAUUGUUAUUAUUUUGUAAAAAAAAACAAAACUUAAAAAGAGUAUUCUUUGACAUAUUUUCUCAGGAUAUUUUUCCCACCUCAAAUGUACAUAGGAAAUUUAUGGACAUGUUACUAGAGAAAGAAGAAUUAAAAUGGUCUAAAUUCUCUAAACUGAUCUGGAAUAUGUCAUUAUGUCACUGUAUUGGUUAAUGAAACAGGAAUUUUCUCAGCUUCUAUUCCAUGAAAUGGAUAAAUUAAAGAGUUUACAUCUGGAUCUGAGGUUGGGUUAUUGGUAGAUCAAAGCCAGGUGUGCCAGAGGAGACACUGGUUUGCUAAUGAGAACUGGAGGCUCUUCAGAUGAGUCUCCAAUUAGGAAGCAGGAACACAUGAAAGAGGCUUGCCGUAUAAGGGAGACAGCCUGACUGUCUACAAAACCUCAUUUAUUUAUUUUUAAAUAGAACUUUCAGAGAUGCAAAACUACUUCAUACACAAACUGCAUUCCAAAAACGCUGGGAUGCUGUGUAAACAGAAUGCAAUGAUUGUUAUAUAUUAGAAACCCAUAUUUUAUUAAUGUUAGAACACAGAAAUAUUGUGGAACAGUUCCUUAACAUAAAUUUGUUAAGGACUGGUGAAUAUCUAAUGAAUCGUCUAAAUAAAAUUGUUUGAAAAUUACGCAAAUCUGGAGAAAUCUCUGUACGCAAGGCUGAAAAUCAUUGGACCCCCAUGAUCUUCAGGUGCUUAAAAACAGGCAUUCUUGAUGGAAAUCACUGAAUGGGCUCAAGAACACUUCCAGAAAUCAUUGUCCGUAUACCCUGUUUGCUGUGUCAUCCACAAAUACUGGUUAAAGUUUAGUCUUGCAAAAAAGCGGCCCUGUGUGGACAUAAUCCAAAAAUGUCAGGCCAAAGGUCAUUUAAAAUGGACCGAAGCGAACUGGAAAAAUGUUCCACGGUUAGAUGAAUAGAAAUUUGAAAUUAUUUUUGCAAAACAUAGACUCCACAUUCUCUACACUAAAGAGGAGACAGACCAUCCAACUUAUCACCACUCAGUUCAAAAGCCUGCACAAGUGAAAGCACAUCAUUAAUACUUAAAUGCACAUACAACCUUGAAAACAGCAUCCUGACAACACAAUUUUCACUGUUUAGCAAGACUAUCCUAAACCUGUAACUGCAGCUAUUACAACGUGGCUUUGUAUAGUUGACGAGUCUGUGCACUGAAAUGGCCUAAAUGCCAUCCAGACCUUACACCAACUAAAACCAGUCGGAGCAUCAUAAAAUGAAAAAUAGGAAAAGAAGACCCGGGACUGCUGAGCAGCUGAGAUUUUAUAACAAGCAAAAAUGGGACAACACUCCCAAAAAUCCAGCAGCUGCUCUCCUCAGAUCUCAGACAUUUACACACUAUUGUUUAAAAAAACAGUAAUGCUACACAGUCGUAAACAUGACCCUGUCACAACUUUUUUGUGUGUGUGUGAAAUGUUGCUGCCAUCAAAUUCAAAAUGACCUUUUUUCCCCUGAAUACUGAAACUUUCCUUUUUUCUUUCUCAUGAACAUUUUUGUGCCCUGUAGACCUAUAAAAGCGAAUGCAGGAGACCGUGUGACUUAACUGAGUGGUGAAAGUUGGGGCUGGGAUUCCCCAGUUUUUCCCCCUCCCCGCCCCCCUAUUCCACACACCAUCUGCUUACUGCCACCCCCCCUGUCGUCUGCGGUCAUCACAAAACAAGUCGUUAUCUCCAAAGACACGUCUCUGCAUCUUUGAUUGGUGGUUGAUAACAGACCUACAGACUCAUGGGGCUGGCUGACCUUGCUGUAUAUAUAUCAUGCCAUUUCAGCAGAGACUGGCAACAAGAAAGCUGGUUUAAAGCUCUCCCUGUUUAUCCUUGUGUCCUCUCCUGGUUUGGCUUUCUGAUCCUGACAUUAUGGCUGUUUUCUUCACUGUGGCUCUUAUGACUAUGGCUUGUCCUUUACUGGCAUUUGACAUGGGUCAGUCUACUCGUUGUGUUGCCAUUCCCCACAAGAUGCAUGUCUGCAAAGAUGUUGGAUACUCAGAGAUGCGUUUGCCAAACUUUUUGGGCCACAGUAGCCUGGAAAGCGAGGUGGUGCCACAUUCAGAGGAUUGGAGGCCGCUGUUGCAGACAGGCUGCCACCCUCAAGCACAAGCCUUCCUCUGCUCCCUCAUUGCCCCUGUUUGUCUUGACACUUUCAUCCAGCCCUGCCGUAGUCUGUGUGUGGCAGUGAGGGAAAGCUGUGCCCCAGUGCUUGCCUGCCAAGGACACUCAUGGCCUGAUGUUCUUGACUGUGACCGUUUCCCUGCUGAGGAAGACAUGUGUCUUUCUCACCAUGGAAAACCUGGCAUCUUUUCUAAAGGGUUGCCUAAAUCUGCCUGUCAAAACUGUCCUUAUGUGGAAGAGGCUCCUGAAUCAAAAACAAUCUUGGAUUCUUUCUGCAGCCAUGAUUUUGCUGUUACUGCCAAACUCCACCGUCUUCGCCUACCCACAGGAGAGCCAGAAUUUGAAAUUGAGGGGCGGGUCGAGUUUAUCCGUCAGGGUCCUCUGUUGCCUUAUGACACCCAGCAUCUGCUCCAGCAGUGGCUCCUUAUCAACGUUAGAUGUGCCCGUGCCCUUGUGCGUCCUGGGAGGUCACAGCUUUAUGUGCUGACUGGUUCUGUGCAGCAUGAUGGGACCCUUUCUCUGACUCGUGUCUUCCCUUGGCACAGAAAAGAUGCAAACAUUGCAGUGGCAUUUCGAAAAUGGAAGCACCACAGAUGUUGAAGGGACAUGGACCAAAACUGGAGCUUGAAAUCUGUGUUUUGAGGCACAGAUGGAGCUCAGUGGCACUGGGUUUUAAGAAGCAUUUGUAAAAGAGGGUAAUUGUUAUGAGAACAGACUCUGACUCAAGCAAUUUGCUCAUCUGAGCAGGUCGCCGUCUCAUUUCAUCUUUGUUAGUGCUUUUGUUAGCACACUGAAUUAAGGCGCACUGAAACCUGUACAUAGUAUUAUACAUAUAAAUUUAUAGUAGAUUAUAUUUUCUGUUAAAAGCUGUAUUUAUGAUGUUCCGUGUGUUGUUUGGAAUAAAUGACAAUAAAAUAGUCGUCCUAUGAA